AUGCAUAAGAGGAAGUUCUUCGUCUCGUGCAACACAUCUGCUUCGGGUGACCCUGAUAAGUUACCCGUGAAGGCACACGCUACCAGAAAUCCAGCUAAUGCAGAAUACGAUAAGUUGAAUAAGCUUAAGUUGAAAUGUGAACCCACACGCUAUAAGUCCAUGGAUGGUAGCUGUGGGCCAGGUGAUCGAGCUCGUGUUGACCAUCGCAGUGGAACUGUCGCCUACGUAGGUCCGGUUAGGUUUGCACCGGGAGAAUGGAUUGGACUAAUUUUGGAUGAGCCUUUGGGUAAAAAUGAUGGUUCUGUCCAAGGACAUCGUUACUUCUGUUGCAAACCUGAGCACGGUCUGUUUUGUAAGUCAAGCAAACUGGAACGAAUAGUGUUGUCGCCGUCCAGACUGAAAGCCUCCACAUUUGGAGAUGGAGAACCAAUAAGUCCAUAUGCUCUUGAAUAUGGGUGGGUUUUUUUUCUUUUCUUUUUCUGGAGUAAUUACAAAACCUGUAACCCAUCUGUAGAUGUACAAGGGCAAAGUAGGUUUGAUAUUGGUGAUCGUGUUGUAGUAUCAGGUGGAAAACAUGGCAGUGUGAGGUUCAUUGGCGAAACUGAGUUUGCCCAAGGUAUUUGGGCUGGUAUUGAGCUUGAACAGCCGUUGGGAAAGAAUGACGGAAGCAUACAGGGCAAAAGAUACUUCACUUGCAAACCACCUUAUGGCGUUUUUGUGCUCGUUUCGAAGGUUACGAAAGCCUCUUCUCAAACUCCCGGCAAAAUGACACCCAAGAAUUAUUCUGUGUCCAGUACGGGGUAUACCGCUAGAAUCAAAGCAUUAGAGGAAGCACUUAAAGAGAAGGAACGCCAUUUGGAGCAAGUAAUGCGUGAACGUGAUAUGGAGAGGUCAGACAUUAGCCAGCUAUCGAGUGGAGAUCAUGCAGAAAAGAUAGCAAAGUUGGAAUCUGAGAAAAAAUCCAUCAAGAAUGUUCUCUUAGAAAAAGAAAAAAUUUUGGAGGAUCUUACGUUUCGACUAGAAGAAGAAACAAUAUCGAAAGAUUGCAAAAUAGAAGAGUUGCAGAAGAAACUUGCUUCGUUGACUGGUGAACAUUCGGGCACAAGAACGGUUACAGCUGACAUGACUGUUCUUACAAAUCAGCUUUCAACUGUUGAAGGUGAUAAUGAGAGGUUUAAAAAAUUAUUGGAGGAGGAAAGAGCGAAGAACAAGGCCAACAACGAUCUUCUCGAAACGUUACGCAACGAAUUAGAAAAGACCAAAGAGCAACUGUCUAUUGAGCGCUUUGCUUUUGAAGAGAAACUCAUUGUUGCAAAUGGUGCUGUUGAAGAGAAGGAGAUUCUUUUGAAGAAAGCAACGAAUGGCUCUAUGGAAAUUGAAAAAGAGUUGGUGAAAGUGAGAGCCAAACUGGAAUUAGCUGUGAAAGAAGCUCAAGAUCAGAAGGAAAUCGUGAAAGUGUUGACAACAAGCAAUGAGUCAAAAGAGACUAUCUUUGUAGAUAAACUGAGUGUGCUUGAAAAAGAUCUACAAGCCAAGGUGAAAGAUUUGCACUCAAUGGAAAUGAAUAACAAAGUUCUGGAAGUGUCUGUACUUUCACUGGAAAAGGAAUUAACAGGCUUGAAAUCUGAUUUGGAAGUGCUUCACAAAGAGAAGGCAUUACUUCAAGAAGCAUUGGAAGCCGCAAACACUGAAAGAGCGACUGCGGAUGAAAUUUUGAACGAAAAGGAUAAAGAAAUUCAAUGGAUAAAGGAUUACCUCAUGGAAAAUAUUACCGUUCUCACAGCUAGAGAAGAAUCCAUGAAAACAACGGAAAAUUCUUUGGAGACGAAGACUGAGUGUUCAUUCCUCGAAGAUAAUGGCUUACAAGAACAGCUGAAUGCUUUAAAAGACAAUCUCAAGGCUAGCAACGAGGAACAUUUGCGCUGUGUUGAAUUGGAGAAGCAGCUCAGAGAGGCUGAAGCUAGAAUAGCAGAAGAGGAGAAUGCGCUUGCUUCAAAGGAGAAAGAAAUUGUUGCUCUUAAUGAACACUUGAAGACAGUCGAAAGCAAACAUGAAAAUGAAGUGGACUUGCUCAUUUCAAAGCACGCAGAACAUAUUGAAAAGCUUGAUUCCUUAUUAAAGUCUGUGCAAUCGGCUAAUCAAGAAUUACUUGAGAAGUCCAGGGAUCUUGAAUUGAAAGUGGCUGAUCUCGACGAGAACCUACUUGCGGGGCAACAACUGUUUAACGAGAAGGAGAAAGAACUAUCUGAUAAAAUAACAUCAGCUGCUGCACAGUGGAAAGUAACUGAAGCGAAUCUUGUGGAAGAGCUCAAGAAAGUACAGGAGAUUAGCGCAAAGUUGACAUCUGAGAAGAACGAGUUGGAGAAACUGACCGAAAAAACCGUAGAACUUGAGGAGUUGUCUAGGAAGCUUCGUUCGGAUCUCACUCAAAAGGAUGUGGAACUCGAAAUGACCCAGAAGGAAAGAAACGAUGCAGUGAUGGCGAGAGAGGCAGCCGAAAGUCAAGUGUCAGCAGUGACUCUGCAAAUGCAAGAAGAGCGGAACAUACUGGACUCCAAUCAAGCAUUAGCAAGUCAAACAAAAAUGCAAUAUGACCAACUUUGUAACGAGCAGAGUCAGUUGAAAGAGGCACUCGAGCGUUUGGAAUUAGAAAACAGGGAACUGUUGACAAAACUUGCUGCAAGUCAGUCUGAGAGUGCUGCUGUCCAAUUGCUCAACGAGGAGCUUGCUGCAUCAAAUAAUUUGGUCAACGAAUACUUAAAAGAUAAAGAGAAGUUGGUAUCGAAGCAGUCACUUGUAGACCAGCAGCAAAAGUUAUCGGUCCAUGCAGAUCGAUUGGAAGAAAAGGUGGGAAAAGAGUUUGAAGCAAUCAUGGGUGAGGUCCAGUCAGUUACUGACCAAAGAACUCUCUUCGAGAAGGAAGUAGAAAAGUUGAAAGAAGAAUUGGCUGAAAAACAGAAAGAGGUGACUUCUUUCCAGUUAAAUGAAGUAAAUGCAAACCUUCUUGUCUCUGAAGCUAAACAAAAGAUUGAGUUAUAUAAUGAGCUUGAAGAAGACUGGAAAAAGAAGCAGCUUAGAAUGAGUGAAAAGAUUGACGAGUUGACAACUCAACUGGAACAGGCAAGGGCAAGGACUCAAUGUGACGAAAUUCGUUCGCUGAGAAAUGAGUACGUCAUAGAAUGUCGUAUAUUCCAGGAUUGUGAGAAACAGGAUGUUGAGGAGGAGGCGAUAGAAUUGCCGAAUUCGAUCGAGUUACAUGAAAAUGGUGUUUGUAUGAUAUGUGCAGGACGAGAGGCCGAAAUAAGAAAGUGGCAGGAAGAAGUGGACAGCUUAAAAGAGGAGAUCGCCGUUAUCACAAGUAAUGCGCGUGAACUUCAAACGAAACUUCUGGACACGUUAUCGACGGGAACGAAAGAAAAGGAACAGAUGAAUAAGGAGUUGAUUGAGAAUCUGCGCUCAGAACUCCUUGAGAAAGAAGAAAAAAUCAAGAAAGAUCAGGAAACGAUAUCAGCAUUGACGGACGCUCGUUCGACUAGCGAAGAGAUCAACGCCAGUUUGCAGGAGAUGGUCACCUCUUUAUCUGAACAACUGAAAUCUGUUAUUCUCGAGAAGGAGAAAGCCGUUGUAAUGCGCGAGAAUGCGGAGGCUCAACUUGGCGAGUGGCGCGCCAAAGUGGACGAACUCACAAAACAACUAGACAACUUCGGGAGCAUUAGGUGA